ACUACAACUGAGCAAGUGGGUGCAGUGUCUUGUACAACUUUGGUUAAUGCGCAAGGGAACAUGUCAUCAGCGCGUUUGCCGGGUUUAGGAUUUACGCUGGCUGGAAACAAGCUGCGGUGAGAAAUACCGAGACACACAAUUACGGUUUACAUUAAACUUUAAUGAAAGCGUCACGUUCGUUUUUUAAAAUGACGUCGAGGAUAUCACUUCUCUCGGGUAAGAUAUCGGUCGAUAUAAGACUCAUCUCGGUAUGGUCCGUGAUCAAUUUAAUCGUUCUACCACCGUCGUUUGGUGAAAUGUAUACCUCUGUGAGGAACAUCCAGCAGUCUAUUUCUGUGGAAAGAAAACUUCUAAACCAUUUAAAAACAUAUAUCGAGGACGAAACCCUACGGCUUGAUGACAUCAAAAGAUUCUAUGCAAAGGUUUCGGACUUGCACAAUAACGUGUACAACAGUCCAGAGACUGCAAUGGCCAAUCCCCUGGUAGCGUUCACACUGAUCAAGCGGCUGCAGUCCGAGUGGAUGAAUGUGGUCUACAGCAACGAGGGCAAAGAGAAUGCCCAAGCCUUCAGGGCUGGCUACGAGAAAGAGGAAGGCGGCCUGCCCAAAUUUGAGGAUCUCCAAGGUGCAGCCAAAGGGCUGAUGAGGCUGCAGGAUGUCUACGCCCUCCGUGUGGACGGGCUCGUGAACGGCCACUUCCAAACCGUGACCGACGGCAACCUCGUGGACAUUUACAGGCCGGCUGUGUCCAUGCCUCUCUCCGGAGAUGACUGCUUCCUGGUAGGGAAGGUCGCCUACGAGCUUGAGGAUUACUACCACUCUGUGCAGUGGCUGGAGGAAGCGGCCCGGCUUUUCCGUGGGACAGGUGGGGAGUGGAUUCCCGAAAAUGAGGGAACUCUGGAAGACACCUUGGACCACCUGGCUUUCUCCCACUUCAAGGCAGGAAAUGUGUCCUAUGCAUUGAGUCUCUCUCUGGAGCUGCUGCGCUAUGACCCCUCAAACAGAAGGGUUUUAAGGAAUGUGGAGAAGUACGAGAAGCUCCUGGACGCGCCUCCAUCCCCGGACAGGCCCGAAAUUGUGCUGCAGAGACCCAACUCCACCUACCUGAGGACCAGAAACACCUACGAGGGGCUCUGCCAAACACAGGGCUCACAGCCAAAGCAUUAUGAAAACCCCAGGCUGUUCUGCGACUAUUUCACCAAUGGCAGCCCAAACCUCCUCCUGCAGCCAAUGAGAAGAGAGGUUGUGAGCAUCCAGCCCUAUGUGGUUCUGUACCACAACUUUGUCACCAGUGCAGAGGCAGAGAGCAUCAGGGACCUCGCUCAGCCUUGGCUGAGAAGAUCAGUUGUAGCAUCAGGAGAAAAACAGGCCACAGCAGAGUAUCGCAUCAGCAAGAGUGCGUGGUUAAAGGAGACAGCGCACCCUGUAGUCUGGAAGGUAGACCAACGCAUCACCGCACUGACAGGCCUGAACCUACAGCCACCGUAUGCAGAGUACCUCCAGGUGGUGAACUAUGGGAUUGGUGGCCAUUAUGAACCUCACUUCGACCAUGCCACGUCUGCCUCAAGUCCUCUGUACAAACUCAAAACAGGAAAUCGAGUGGCAACAUUUAUGAUUUACCUCAGCUCCGUGGAGGCAGGUGGAUCCACGGCGUUCAUCUACGCCAACUUCAGCGUUCCCGUCGUGGAGAAUGCUGCCCUCUUCUGGUGGAACCUGCACAGGAACGGGCAGGGGAACGGGGACACGCUGCAUGCUGGCUGCCCUGUCUUGGUUGGGGACAAAUGGGUGGCCAACAAAUGGGUGCACGAGCACGGGCAGGAGUUCCAGAGGCGCUGCAGCCCCAACCCGGAGGAGUGAGAGGAGGGGAGACAGCGGCAGCCUGGACCGCUUGGAGUACAAGAGCCAGCCUCCACAAUGGAGCGGCGGCGGGAGAGAAGGA